AUGCCAACGGAAUCGACACCUUCAGUUCUACUGCCUUCAUCUAUUUACCCUCAAGGGGCGAUUAAAUGUUCCAUAUGUGGUUUAGGUAAUCUAUCCGGUGGUUCUUCAACGAACGGUACAAAUGAAGGUAUAGUCGUUUUGAGUGAUCCAAUUGAAAGAAUCUGCGGAAGAUGCAUCAAUACACCUAAUGCUAGAAGAAGGAUCUCAGUUAUUGAAUCUGAAUUAGAGAUCGAAUCAGACGAUGAAUCAGGUAUCGGUGGAUUAGGUGUAGGUUUAGGUUUAAGAGGAUUGGAUAUGGGAGAAGAUAGGGAUGAUCGUCAACAACAGCAAUCAAUAAUAACGAGAGAAGAUACACCUUCCUCCAUAACCACCAACUCCAUCUCUAAUUCAAGUUCAAGCUCAAGUUCAAGUGAAAACAGUAGCUCAUCAACACCUAAAGAUGGAUUUUCAAGAUCGUUACCUACACAUCAUCCCAGACCAUGGAGGACUAGUAAUUCAAUCAAGAUUCCAAAAUCAGUAUCAACUUCAAUCGAUCAAGCUAUUGACGAACAAUGCACUCCAGAAAGAGUGAUUUCACCCAUCGCACAGGACAAUGUAGAAAAUGAAAGACCGCCAAAUCCACUUUUGGAUAUAGCGAAAGCAAGGGUACAUUCUGUAGGUAGAGGUGCACUUUAUCCUGGAAGUAUAUUUAAAGGUACUCAAACUAGUGGUAGAAGUGCUUAUGAAGUUGAGAUUCAAUUAAUUGAUGUGAAUUUCAUUGAAUCAAGUGUAUCUGGAUAUCUUUCGAUAUCACAUUUAACAGAUUCUCAUCCGCAUUUAACGACUUUUUUCGAUGGUGAAAUAAUUGGACCUCAAUAUGGAUUUAUAACUGGACCAAGAUUUGGUGCUACAGAACAUGAUGAUAUGAGACACUGGGGUCGAUUUGAACAAUUUAGAAGACCUACAACGAGAUCUGAUAUGGUCAGACCUGAAUUGUAUUUCAGGGAUCCGUUACCGGAUAGAUCAAAAGGUGAAAUCAGAGCGAAAGAGAGAGAUUUCGUUUUUUUAAGAAUUAAAGAAAGAUUUUUGGUUCCAGAUCAUAAACUUAGAGAUAUAAGUGGUGCUAGUUUUGCUGGAUUCUACUACGCCUUAGUCGACCUAUCUCCACCUUCAGCACCACUCGAACCUUCGACUCCCACUUCCCCAGCUACACCUAAAUUACCCUUUGGACCACCUUCUCCAGUCAUCAUUCGGCGUGGAUCCAGCCAAGCGGAUGUCAGAGGAAAUUCAACUCGACCAGAUGGGAAACGAAGGGAAAGUUCGAGCAAAUUGAGAGAUCCCCCAAUUAGAGGGGAAGCUACUAUAAGAGGGUAUUAUUUCCAUUCUUUGAACCAAGAACCAUUCCAAGAAUUGUUCCUUUCUCACAUACCACAACGAAGUAGCAGUACUUUUGAAUUCCGGUGA